CGACACACGCGCCCUGCUGUAGUGGGGAAGGUCGCCGAUCCGAGGGAACCGGCUUCUCGCACGCACGAACAUCGCAGAGUCAUCUUGGUUCUUCUCCGGCUUGUAUUUUGCUUCGUGUCCGGACGUCGUUCUUCCACGUUCACCGCCCGUUCAGCGAAUCCUGAGCCUUCUAACGUUUCCAUUUUGUUUCCAAGGCAGCCUUUGACCAGUCUCUUUUCUUGCCUGAGCCUGCACGGGUAGCUGUUCGGCCUAGACCUUAUCCUGUUGGAAUCAUGGGAGACGCUGAGUGCAAACAUUUUUCUCUGCAUUUUGUGGUGCUGAAUCAUGAACUCCAUUUGCAGGAUGCAAGUUUUCAGAAGGCAGCUGAUGAUGUGAAGAACCUCAAGACCAAGCCCAAGGAUGCAGAAAUGCUGGAGAUCUAUGGCCUCUUCAAGCAGGCGAUGGUUGGUGACAUCAACAUCAGCCGCCCGUCCAUGCUGGACCCAAAAGGCCAAGCCAAGUGGGAUGCAUGGAACACAAGAAAGGGCAUGUCCACAGGAGAGGCAAAGGAAAACUAUGUCAAGAAAGCGGGAGAGCUGAUAGCAAAAUAUGGCAAAUAGCUUGGCUUUUUAUGAAAAUAUACAUGUAACCAGUGUUGCCCUAUCACUAUGAGCUAUGCCUUUUUGUCUACAUGAAGAACCAAGUUUUAUUUCUUGCUCAAAAUUAAUCUGUUUUCUGUGAUAUUCACUUUAUGAAGAGACUAAGGUCUAACUUAGUCCUCAAAGCAUUCCUCUCAGUAACUUGUACUCUUGACUCCUCACAAUAUAUGUGGUUUAUGGUGUAUCCAUGUUGUCAAUCCAUGACAUAAACUGAGGCUUUGGCCCCUACAUAUCACAAUUGUAAUAAAAAGUCUCAAAUGCA